AUGGGAUGUGCCUCAGCUAAACAUGUAUCUACAGUACAAAAUGAAGAGGAUACACAAAAUGGCAAGAACUACCAAAAUGGAGAUGCCUUUUGUGACGAAUACAGAUUCAAACCAGUUGAAGAAGUCAAGUACAUGAAAAAUGGGGAGGAAGAGGAACAGAAAAUAGUAACCAGGAACCAAGAAAACCUGGAGAAAAGUGCCACUCAUAAUAUUCCUCCUAAAAACAAUAACGAAGCGCAAGGAGCAGGGUAUCCACAUCGAAUAAACAUACACAUUUCUGAAAGUCAACAAGAGUUUUUCAGAAUGUUGGAUGAAAAAAUUGAAAAGGGUCGAGAUUAUUGCUCAGAAGAGGAGGACAUUACAUGA